GAAAAAAUGCAUUGAAACUGAACUAGAAACUGCAAAAAGAUGGUCUCACAAAUGGGGAUUCCUGAAAACACCUCUUGAGGUAAAACUGAAUGAUGAAAAGAAAGAAAAUACAAAGCCCAACAUACAGCUUCCAGAACAUCUGCAGGUUCGACCUGUGACACCUGUGGAAAAAUACAUUAAGGUGAUGCCAUCUCCUCCAGUACCUAAGACUACCCAGGGGUUUAUUGGCUGGAGAUCAGCUGUUCCAGGGUUGGAACUUGAACGUGGUUUUCAAAUCCAAAGCUGCAAAGGUACCUUUUUUAAGGAUUUAAAGUGGCCACGACUCAAGAAGGAGAAAGGAUUGCCUAAAUCUACUUUUAAGUCUCCUUUCACUUGCACCGUUGGAGCCAUUGCUAAUCAGUCAUUAACUGCCAACAGUGACAGGCAUUACCAAACUGGUUCUGCUCCGUUUUCUGCUGGGGAGCCAGACUCUGUACUGCUGUGUGCACCUAUUGGCUUACUGGUUCUGCUGGAGUUAACAAUCUCUUGA